AUGGCAAUGGUAGUAAACCAGUGGCCAGACAACAUUUCUGCAGAUCCGGGGUCUCAGCUGCAGAUCUGCGGCCAGGAGCCUGGCGGGACACCGGGCACACCCAACGGCUCCACGCCGGGGAACGACUCACUGUCCGGGGACAAGAUCCCUAACGUGGACUGCAUGGUGUGUGGGGACAAGUCCAGCGGGAAGCAUUACGGCCAGUUCACGUGCGAGGGAUGCAAAAGCUUUUUUAAGCGCUCUGUGAGGCGCAACCUUACGUACACCUGCCGAGGGAACCGAGACUGUCCCAUCGACCAGCACCACCGGAACCAGUGCCAGUACUGCAGGCUGAAGAAGUGCCUGAAGGUCGGCAUGAGGAGGGAAGCUGUACAGAGAGGACGGACAUCAAACUCUCAGAGCAGCCCAGGCCAAUACCUGACAAAUGGCACCGAUCCAUACAACAGCCAACCCUACCUCUCUGGGUUCAUUUCUCUUCUACUGCGUGCCGAACCCUACCCAACGUCACGGUACGGUGCCCAGUGCAUGCAGGGAAACAACGUGAUGGGCAUCGAGAACAUCUGUGAACUGGCGGCCAGAUUGCUGUUCAGUGCCGUGGAAUGGGCCAAGAACAUCCCUUUUUUCCCUGACCUGCAGCUAAUGGAUCAGGUGGCGCUGCUGCGCAUGUCAUGGAGCGAGCUCUUUGUCCUCAACGCAGCUCAGUGUUCCAUGCCACUGCACGUGGCUCCUCUGUUGGCAGCGGCUGGCCUGCACGCAUCGCCCAUGUCCGCGGAGCGCGUGGUGGCGUUCAUGGAUCACAUCCGCGUCUUCCAAGAGCAAGUGGAAAAGUUGAAGGCGCUGCAAGUCGACACAGCCGAGUAUUCCUGCCUCAAGUCCAUCGUGCUAUUCACAUCCGACGCCAUGGGAUUGUCAGAUAUCGCCCAUGUGGAGAGCAUCCAGGAAAAGUCUCAGUGUGCCCUGGAGGAGUAUGUGCGAAACCAGUACCCCAACCAGCCAAAUCGCUUCGGGCGCCUCCUUCUGCGCCUCCCAUCCCUGCGCAUCGUCUCAUCUCCGGUCAUCGAGCAGCUUUUUUUCGUGCGCCUGGUGGGCAAGACGCCUAUCGAGACGCUGCUCCGUGACAUGUUGCUGUCGGGAUCUAGCUACAACUGGCCCUACAUGCCCACCAUGCAGCGUGAUCGACCCCUCUCCCUCCAUUACAAUGAGAACGGGCCGUGA